AUGUGGAAUUGUAUGGCCGCUACACACGCGACAUGUCAGGCAGGUCUUGUUCACCUUUCAGAGGGGGAACUUCAGAGGGGAGGGGGACUUCAUAGAGGAGGGGGACUUCAGAGAGGAGGGGACUUCAGGGAGGGGGGGGGGGGGGACUUCAGAGGGGAGACUUUCAGAGGGGACUUCAGAGGGGGGACUUCAGAGGGGGGACUUCAGAGGGGAGACUUUCAGAGGGGGGACUUCAGGGGGGGGGGGGACUUCAGAGGGGAGACUUUCAGAGGGGGGACUUCAGAGGGGAGACUUUCAGAGGGAGACUUUCAGAGGGGGACUUCAGAGGGGGGACUUCAGAGGGGAGACUUUCAGAGGGGGGACUUCAGGGGGGGGGGACUUCAGAGGGGAGACUUUCAGAGGGAGACUUUCAGAGGGGGACUUCAGAGGGGGACUUCAGAGGGAAGACUUCAGAGGGGGGACUUUCAGAGGGGGGACUUCAGAGGGGAGACUUCAGAGGGGGGACUUCAGGGGGGGGACUUCAGGGGGGGACUUCGGGGGGGGGGACUUCAGAGGGGACUUCAGAGGGGGACUUUCAGAGGGGACUUCAGAGGGGGGACUUUCAGAGGGGGGACUUCAGAGGGGGGACUUUCAGAGGGGGGACUUCAGAGGGGGGACUUUCAGAGGGGGGACUUCAGGGGGGAGGGGACGUCAGAGGGGACUUCACAGGGGGGACUUUCAGAGGGGGGACUUCAGAGGGGGGACUUUCAGAGGGGGGACUUCAGGGGGGGGGACUUCAGAGGGGGCUUCAGAGGGGGGACUUCAGAGGGGACUUCAGAGGGGGACUUUCAGAGGGGGACUUCAGGGGGGGGGGGGGGGACUUCAGAGGGGACUUCAGAGGGGGACUUUCAGAGGGGGGACUUCAGAGGGGAGACUUUCAGAGGGAGACUUUCAGAGGGGGACUUCAGAGGGGAGACUUUCAGAGGGAGACUUUCAGAGGGGGGACUUCAGGGGGGGGGGACUUCAGAGGGGACUUCAGAAGGGGACUUUCAGAGGGGGGACUUCAGAGGGGAGACUUUCAGAGGGAGACUUUCAGAGGGGGACUUCAGAGGGGGGACUUCAGAGGGGAGACUUCAGAGUGGGGACUUUCAGAGCGGGGACUUCAGAGGGGAGACUUCAGAGGGGGGAUUUUCAGAGGGGGGACUUUCAGAGGGGGACUUCAGGGGGGAGGGGACUUCAGAGGGGACUUCAGAGGGGGGACUUUCAGAGGGGGGACUUCAGAGGGGGGACUUUCAGAGGGGGGACUUCGGGGGGGGGACUUCAGAGGGGACUUCAGACGGGGGACUUCAGAGGGGACUUCAUAGGGGGGACUUUCAGAGGGGGGACUUCAGGGGGGGGACUUCAGAGGGGACUUCAGAGGGGGGACUUCAGAGGGGACUUCAGAGGGGGGACUUUCAGAGGGGGGACUUCAGAGGGGGGACUUCAGAGGGGGGGGACUUCAGAGGGGGGGGGGGACUUCAGAGGGGAGGGGGACUUCAGAGGGGGGACUUCCAGUAUGUGUCAAGAAACCAGUGGAAGCAUAAUGCAAACUUGCGGGGCUGA